CAAAAUUGCUGAAAAAAAUAGCGCACUGGCCGUGACUCUUCAAGCAUAGACUGGAGAUAAUAAGUAAAUUUCGCCAUGGGUCGUCGCCUGGGCAAACUGGGAGAGAAGCUGUUCCACCGAUUUCCGAAUCAGAAGCUGAAGGACGCGAGCGUCAACGAAAGCAAAGAUGUAUCACAGACGCAUCAAUAUGAGAAUCGUAGAUCGCAAGACUUGUGGCAAGUUGCCUAUGACAAACUUGAUAAGAACGACAAGCAUAUUUUAUCUUUGAUCCAGCGCGAACACGACAAGACGGGUCCCUCCCCAACUGUGGAGGUCUUGGAUCAGGUUAUCCAGACGACUAAGGAACGAUAUGAAGAAUACCGGAAGGGUGGGCUAGAGAUCCGCAGAUCAAGAGCAGAGGAUAUCAACGUUCGAGAUACUACGCAGAAAAUACUCAAUGCAACAUUAUCCUUUAAGGAUACUAUCAGUGCGGUGGUCGCUUUUGAUCCCACCGGCCAUUCAUGCGGUGCGUGGAUGAUCGUGUCUCUUGGACUGACGAUGUUGAAAAACCAUAAUGACUUACAAAAUGCUCUAUUUGACUCCUCGGAGUUUUUAGCGGACAUCCUAGCCCGAUUUGCUUAUACUGAGAGGAUCUCCAACCGCGACAAUAAUCCCGGAACGAAGAGCGAAAUAAAAAAUGGUAUAGUCCGAGUAUAUAUAGCGAUAUUGCGUUAUACGGCAGAAGUAUGGAAGGUUCAACAGGCCAAAACCGGAAGAAAAUUGGUGGAGAGUGUCAUUGCUAUCACUGAUCAACCGCUUUCGAAAUUAAAAUCUUCUAUCAAUGAUGAGGAGCAGCGCUUACAGAAAUGGAUCCAGAUAGAUCAGCAUCUACAACGCGAAAAGGAAGCGGAAAAUAUCCUGAUUGGAAUUGACAAGAUGCUAGGGUUGAUCCAAGAUCUUCAUCGGAAAUUAUACCUGUCUAAGCUAUUCGUUGCGGAAGGCUCUUCCUUUGACUCCUACAUUGAUCAACAUGAAGACAUAUGUCUUCCAGGAACUAGAAUAGAGCUUCUUCAGCAGAUCACAAGAUGGGCAAUUUCAUCAGACGAAGAUGCUAAAUGCAUCUAUUGGUUAAAUGGCAUGGCAGGGACCGGGAAAUCAACAAUUUCCCGAACAGUGGCCAAGGUUUUCCAGGAGAGUGGGAUACUCGGAGCGAGCUUUUUCUUCAAAAGGGGUGAAGGAGAUCGUGGGAGCGCUAUGAGACUGUUUUCAACGAUAACGGCACAAUUAAUCACCAGGAUUCCUCAACUUGUUCCUUACAUCUGUCAAGCGAUAGAGGACGAUCCUGCUAUUGCAGAAAAAUCGCUUAGGGACCAGUUUAAGAAGCUUUUACUUCUGCCAUUACUUAACCUGGAUCAAUUAGACCGACCAACAACAGUCGUAUUAGUGAUUGAUGCAUUAGAUGAGUGCCAGCCAGUAGACGAUGUCCAAAUCCUACUUGGACUCUUGCCUCAAUUACGACAAUCAACCGCUGUGGAUGUACGGGUUUUCUUAACUAGCAGGCCUGAAUUGCCCAUUCAAUUCGCUUUCGAGAACAUCACCGGUAACGAUCACCAGGGUCUGGUACUGCAAGAAAUCCCAGCUAUAGAGUAUGACAUUACUUUGUUCCUGAAUGACAGAUUCUCUAAGAUUAGGAAAGAACGCUCACUGCCUCUAAACUGGCCCGGGGAUGACAAGAUUCAGGCUGUAACUAAAAUGGCAGUCCCGUUGUUUAUCUUUGCAGCCACUGUGUGUCGUUUUGUCGGAGAUAGAAAAUGGAGGCCAGAGAAGCGUCUCGAAGAUUUACUUGCGAACCCGGCUGUGGCUUCCGCAUCAAAGAUGGACAGAACCUAUCGACCAAUAUUAGAACAGCUUCUUGCUGGCCAAGAUAAGUAUGAGUCAGAGAAACUAAUGCAAGAAUUUCAAGACAUAAUCGGUGUCAUUAUCCUUCUUGCUACUCCGCUAUCUGUUGACGCGCUUUCAAAACUACUUGAUAUUUCGAAAAGUGAUAUCAGCAACCGAUUAGAUUCAUUUCAUUCAGUUCUCACCAUACCAAACGAUAAAGAUCUGCCGGUCAGGUUGUUGCAUUUGUCAUUUCGAGAUUACCUUCUCGAUGCAUUUAGGAGAUUGGAAGAAGGAAGCGUUCCUUUUUCAGUUGAUGAACAAGAGAAACAUCAAAGGAUAGCAGGUAAAUGCCUAGCCGUCAUGCGCCAUAGCUUGAGGAAAAAUAUCUGCAAUUUGCCAAGCGAUGGAACACACCACAUAAAGAUACAUGAACAGACGAUUAGGCAGCAUUUACCAUCGGAAUUGCAAUAUUCUUGUCGUUACUGGGCGCAACAUCUAGUGCGAGGCAAAGACCUUAUUCCUGGAAUGAAUAAUGCAUUCGCCUUUCUUCAGGAUCACUUUCUUCAUUGGCUAGAAGUCAUGAGCAUUCUGGGCAUUGUAUCAGAAGUUGUUGAUGUCAUCGGCACACUGCAGUCGUCCAUGCUGGGUGAGGAAAUGUCCACAAUGUUAGAAUUUCUGCAUGACGCAAAACGGUUUGUCCUCAAAACCAGGCAUAUUGCUGAGGCGACACCACUUCAGCUUUACUGUUCAGGGCUCAUUUUUGCUCCAGAAAAGUCAAUAAUCAGGAGUCAAUUCAAGCGAGAGCUCCCUAGCUGGGUUUGUAAUCUUCCAAAAGUAGAGGAAUGCUGGAGCACAGAAUUACAAACCCUGGAGGGCCAUCUAGAUUCAGUUGCGUGUGUGGUAUUCUCACCAGAUUUCCGACUGGUGGCAUCAGGGUCCGAUGAUUGGACAAUCAAACUCUGGGAUAUAUCUACUGGGGUCUUACAACAGACUUUAGAGGGUCAUUCAAAUACUAUUCGGUCUAUUGUAUUCGCGCCAGAUGGCCGGUCAGUGGUAUCAGGUUCUACUGAUAAAACAAUCAAGCUUUGGGAUAUUACCACAGGAGUUCAACAGACUUUUGAGGGCCACUCAAAUGCAGUUCAGUCUGUGGCUAUCUCACAAGAUGGCCAAUUAAUUGCAUCAGGUUCUUCAGACUCAACAAUUAAGCUCUGGGAUAUUACAGGAGCCUUACAAAAAACCUUUGAUCAGCAUUCGGGUCGGGUUUAUUCUGUGACAUUCUCAUUAGAUAACCAACUACUAAUAUCAAGUUCUGAUAAUACGAUCAAGCUCUGGGAUAUAGCCACAGGAACCUUACGACAGAUCUUUGAAACCCAUUCAGACUUGGUUUUAUGCGUGGCAUGCUCACAAGAUGGGCAGCUAGUGGCAUCUGGGUCUGCUGAUAAAACAAUUAAACUCUGGGAUAUUACCACUGGAGUGUUACAACAAACAUUAAAUGGCCAUUCACGGUCAGUUCGUUCUAUAUCAUUCUCAUCAAAUACCCAAUUGAUAUCAGGUUCUGGUGAUCAGACAAUCAAGGUCUGGGAUAUUACUACAGGAAUCCUGCAACGAACUCUUAAGGGUCAUUCAAAUGCAAUUGUGUCUGUGGCAAUCUCACAAGAUGGCCAAUUAGUGGUAUCAGGUUCUGCAGACAAGACAGUCAAGCUCUGGGAUUUAACUACAGAAGCCAUAGAGCAAACAGUUGAAUGCCAUUCAAGUUGGGUACGAUAUGUGGCAAUCUCACCAGACGGUCAGCUGGUAGCGUCCAGUUCUGACGAUAAAACAAUCAAACUUUGGGAUAUAGUCACAGGAGGCCUACAACAGACUCUUAACGGCCAUUUAAAUAUGGUUUGGAUAGUAAUAUUCUCACCAAAUGGCCAAUUAAUAGCAUCUGGUUCUGCAGAUACAACAGUUAGGCUUUGGGACAGGACUACAGGAGCCCUCCAAAAAACAUUUGAAGGCCAUUCAGGCUGGAUUCGAUCUAUAGCAUUCUCGCCAAAUAACCAGCUGGUGGCGUCAGGGUCUGAUGAUUGGACAAUCAAACUCUGGGAUAUAUCUACUGGGGUUUUACAACAGACUUUAGAGGGCCAUUCAAAUACUAUUCGGUCUACUGUAUUCUCGCUAGACGGUAAGCUGGUGGCAUCUACUUCUGAUGAUAAGACAAUCAAGCUCUGGGAUGUAACCACGGGAGCCCUGCAACAAAACUUAGAGGUCAACACAUCAGUUACGAACUUCAACUUCUCAGAUAACGGGGCAUUCCUAGAUUCUCUACAGGGAUCCUUUACUAUCCAGCCAUGGCAUAAUAGUCAAAACUUUGCUGCACCUCAAACCAACGGAAAUUUAUACCUUGAAGGCGAGUGGGUAGUACAUAACGAUGAACAAGUACUGUGGCUUCCUCCUGAAUAUCGGCCCCUCUGUGGAGCAGUUAAAGGUGGCACUCUUGUCCUUGGACACGCGUCGGGGCGGGUUUCUCUUAUGAGAUUUAAUGUAUAGCAAGCAGAUUCUCGUCUACAUCUGUUCUCUUGUGUUCCCUUUUCUAUCCUCGUAAGAUCAAGAAACUAGACUCAUUAC